AUGCAUUCUACCACUCAUGUUACAAAGGCCAUAUCCCUUGACAACAACACAUUUCAAAUACUUCCUCAUCACUGUUCACCCAUUGAAAACAUAACUUGCAGCAAUGGAAAGAAACCAGUUCUUCUAUAUGACAAGUUCCAGUGCUGUCAACAUUACGCUUGUGAUUGUGAAUGCAAAGGAUGGGGCAAUCAUCAUUACAUUACAUUUGAUGGCUUCUAUUACAAUUAUCAAGGAAACUGCACUUAUGUUUUAAUGCAAGAAAUUAAUCCAAGGCAUCACUUAAGGAUUUACAUUGAUAAUGUGUUUGAUUCCACUGAAGAUGUUUCCCGUCUUCGAUCUAUAAUUAUUUUAAAUGGAUCGCAAAUUUUCAAUUUGACAAAUCAUAACCUUACUGGAAGAUCAAAUUUGGAGGCACUGAAAAAUGGAGUACGUCUGAAGCUGCCCUAUUCACAAAAUGGUGUUACAGUCAUGAAUUCAGGAUUUGACUUGGUUUUGGAGAUCCCUUCACUAGAAGUGGUCAUUACAUUUGGAGGAACUGGCUUCAGUGUUAAUCUUCCAUAUAAAAACUUCGGCAAUAAUACCAAGGGUCAUUGUGGAACAUGUAACAAUAACCCGAGUGAUGACUGCAUAUUGCCUGGAGGUCAGCUUGCUGAAAGUUUUGCAGCGAUGGCUGACAACUGGACUGCAAAAGAUAUUGGCCAAGGCAAUUGCACUGUACCGCCUACAAAAUCUACAAGUGCACAAGAACCACCACCUCUAUACAAAACAGGCGUUUGUGAGCUGCUUAAUAGCAGUCUCUUUGCAAAGUGCCAUCCUAUUAUAUCGCCAUAUAAUUUCUACAAGGGUUGCAUUUUUGAUAGCAGCAAUGUUAACAAAACAGAAGUGCUGUGCACAAGUUUGCAAACUUAUGCAGCAGCCUGUGCUCGUGCUGGAGUUUGUGUUUACUGGAGGAACCACACUAAAACAGAAAAGUGGUGUGCCAGUCACUGCCCAUCACACCAAGUUUAUCAGCCUUGUGGUCCUGCAGAUCAGCCAACCUGUGAAGACAAUUCUUACGAACCCACCAUGAACUUUACUGCUGAGGGCUGUUUUUGUCCUGAUGGAAUGAAACUUUUCAGCAGACAGUCCAACAUAUGUGUGAAAACAUGUGGAUGUCUUGAUCCUGAGGGUAAUUCUCGUGAGUUCAAUGAAAGAUUUGAGCUCAAAUGCCAGAAGUGCACCUGUGAAGAAUCCACAAAGACUGUGACUUGCAAGCCUAAGGAGUGCCCAAAACCAAACAUAACAGAAUGCUCUGAUGAUGGAUUUGUCCUCAUCAACCAAACUGAUCCAUCAGAUCCCUGCUGUUCUACCCCUGUUUGCCAGUGUAAACCUGGCGGUUGCCCAGACAUAGAUGUGACCUGUUCAAUUGGAAAAAAGCCAGUUGUCAGUAUUCCUAAGGGAAAAUGCUGUCCAGAACUUAGAUGUGAACCUAAAAAGGUUUGUGUUCGGAAUGAGACUGAAUACCAGCCUGGUUCUUCAGUUCCUGGGUCUGUAUGUCAGGAGUGUACCUGUGAGGCUGAACAAAAUUCUACUGUAAUAAGCUGUAAGGAUCAGGAAUGUAACAAAACGUGUGACAUGGGAUAUGAAUAUGUAAAAACUGAUUCAGAUGAGUGCUGCGGGAAGUGUGUGCAGACACACUGUGUUGUCAAUAUUAACGGAUCCAAGCAACUCUUGUCUCAAGGAGAAACCUGGUCACCAACUGAGAAUAGGUGUGAUGAGUAUACCUGUGUUAAGAAUGGUGAGAUUUUAACAACAAGCACUUCACACACAGUCUGCCCAGUAUUCAAUGAGAGCAGCUGUCAGCCUGGGACAAUUCAAACUGCAGCAAACGGCUGUUGUAAAAUUUGCGCAGAGAAGGAGAAGGCAUGCAAGUUCAUGUCCAUGAAAACCAAUAUUACACACAACAACUGUACGUCUGCCCAGGAGGUAGAUAUGCCAUAUUGCGAAGGAUCCUGCAACACUUAUACCAUGUACUCUAAAGAAGCAGCAGUCAUGCAGCAUUCUUGUUCCUGCUGUAAGGAGACAUGCUUCAGCAAUCGCACUGUAGACCUGGUCUGCCCAAAUGGAGACACGGUCCCCUACACAUACAUGUAUGUGGAGGAGUGUGGUUGUACCAACACAGAAUGCACCGCAGCUGCUGGACAACAUAUUCGCAGGAAGCGAAGCUUCACACUGCUGUGA